AUGGUGUCGGAUUUUUUUUAUCCGAAUGCAGGAGGAGUCGAAUCACAUCUCUAUCAUAUCUCGCAGCGUCUGAUACAGCGAGGACACAAAGUCGUCAUCAUCACACACGCCUAUGGCGGCAGGAGCGGGAUCCGGUGUCUGACCAACGGGCUCAAAGUCUACCAUGUCCCUAUGCCGGUUGUCUUCCAGAACGCUUCCCCUCCAACACUCUACGGAUUCUUUCCUGUCUUCAGGGCAAUAGUCUUGCGGGAGCGGAUAUCGAUCGUUCAUGGACACCAAGCUUUCUCCUCCAUGUGCCACGAGGCCAUCAUCCACGCACGCACCAUGGGUCUCAAAACCUGCUUCACAGACCAUUCGCUCUUUGGAUUCUCUGAUCCCAGCAGUAUCAUCAUGAACAAGUUCCUCAAGUUCACCCUCUCGGAUAUCGACCACGUCAUUUGCGUCUCUCAUACAAGUAAAGAGAAUACCGUCCUUCGAGCAGCUUUGACACCCCAAAAUGUCUCUGUCAUCCCCAACGCUGUAAUUGCAUCGAGCUUCAAACCUGACCCCAGUAUGCAGGAUCCCAACGUCACAACCAUCGUUGUUAUCUCGCGUCAGACAUACCGCAAAGGAAUGGACCUUCUCGUCGCUGUGAUCCCUCGAAUCUGCCGAAAGUACUCCAAAGUACGAUUUGUCAUUGGAGGAGACGGCCCCAAGAGAAUCGAUCUAGAACAGAUGCGGGAGAAGCACCUACUACACGACCGAGUUGAGUUCCUUGGUUCUAUCAAGGCCCAUCAAGUCAGAAAUACAUUAGUUCGUGGACAAAUCUUCCUCAACACCAGUUUGACAGAAGCCUUUUGUAUCGGAAUUGUGGAGGCAGCCUGUGCAGGACUCUUGGUCGUUAGUACAAAAGUUGGUGGUGUUCCCGAAGUACUACCCCGGCAUAUGAUCAUUUUCUCGAAACCCGAGGAGGAUGACUUGGUCCAGGCACUAGACCGAUCGAUUGAAAUGAUCCAGAGAAAGGAGGUUCAGCCUGCGAAAUUCAACGACGAGCUCAAGGAGAUGUAUAGUUGGGUCAAUGUUGCAGAGAGGACAGAGAAGGUCUAUGAUGCGAUCUCACAGACUCGCGAUCCUCCUCUCAUCGAAAGACUUCGCAGCUAUUAUGGAUGUGGCGUCUUUGUCGGCAAACUGUUUUGCAUCAUGAUCGCUCUGGACUAUCUGCUCUGGGUGUACCUCGAAUGGGUCCUCCCACGCGACGAAAUCGAGCCCGCUCCAAAGUUCCCCUACAAAAAAUUCAAAAAGAUGUGCCAACGUGCUGACAAGGAAGACGAGUUAGAGCCGAACGUGGAUUCAUUGUAG